AUGGAUGGUGUCAGGUCAUCCCGUCCGGAAAAGCCGUAUCAACGCACCUACAAGGCGUGCAUCCCUUGCCGGCAGCGGAAGGCCAAAUGCGACCUAGGAACCGGCCCAGAUGGCCUUCCGAUCGGCCCACCAUGUGCGCGCUGCCGAAGAGAACUAAGGGAGUGUGUGUUCCCCGAGAAACGGGCAUGGGAAAGGUCCCGCAAACGAGCGCGAUCACCAGGGAGCUAUGAAACAGAUGUAUCACCCCGACACACCACACAACUUAAGACGACGUCGCCUGAUGGCUCUGUUCUCGCACAAGGACUGAGCCAAACCCGGCAUCAUCCAAGUGAAGUAGCCAACUCAACACCCGAGAACAACUUUCAUAAGGAGCCCAACUUUCAGUCGGGAUGGCCAUAUCAUCCGAAUCAAGCGGGGUCUCAUCGUGGCUCUCUCGAUCACCCUUCCGUGGGGCCUUCACAAGUUGAUCAGUCCUCUUCUCAUACAUAUGAAAAUAACAGACACCGAUCGAAUUCCACCCUCGCGAGCUCUAUGAUGCGCACUGUUGUUGCAAGUGGCAAUGAUGCGCUCAAUAUUCUCUUUGAGGCUGCAACGGCUCAAGAAGAUAAUAGUCCUGAUAAUAGUCCUGAAUCACUAGCUGGGCCUCCAUCGGCAGGUCCGAGUACUCUAGGUCGGACACCCGGAACCUACGAUUCCGCGUUUGAGCCAGUGGCACGAGUAAUACACCCUGUUAAGCUAUCUGAUGCCACCCAAGACACUCUCAAUGUCUGGGAGGCUUGUCGGUUUGUCAAGAUGGGGUGGUUCACUGCUAGGGAGGCUGUUACUUUUAUUGAUCAGUUCUAUAAGAAUAUGUCCUGUUUAUCUCCGAUUCUAACUGAUUUCUACGCCAACCAUCGAUAUCAUUACUGGCUGAUUACUCGGGAGCCAGUUCUAUGCUCCACCAUUCUCAUGAUCUCUUCUCGCUAUCACGUCCUUCCCGGAGCAGGGGGAGAGUCAAGGAAUUUCUUUAUCCACCACCGACUAUGGUCACAUUGCCAGAAACUUACGAUGCGGCUAAUAUUUGGGCAAGAAAAAUCUACAAAAUCCAAGGUGCGGAGUCUUGGUACUGUGGAGGCACUUCUGUUGAUGUCAGAAUGGCAUCCUCGCGCCCUGCAUUUUCCGCCCGAGACGGAUGGCUGGGACGAUGAUUUGAUCCCAGCAGCCCCUAGGAACCAUGAGAAUAAUGAUUCAAGCUCAGCACCUGGCAGUCGCGGGGUAGAAGAUAUAAUUGAACCAGCACGCCGAUCUGACCAAAUGUCCUGGAUGUUGCUUGGGUGUGCGCUCUCUCUUGCACACGAGCUGGGCAUAUUCGAGACAGAAGGAAGCAGCUCUCCAGCCGACGAACCGGAAUGGAGAGAUCAGAAGGCAAUUCGUUGGCAGCGCGUACAACGUCUGCUAUACGUCUAUAUCAAUCAACUGGCUUGGCGGAUUGGAUGCAUGUCACCGAUUCCUCAAUCAAUCAACCAUGCUAUUCUGGGCGGAAGGAAGCCGCAAGGACUGGGUCCACCGGGCAGCACGUGGUUGACGUUCAUGGAUUCGUGGAUUGAGCUUACCAAGCUGGCCAAGUCUGUCACUGAUAUGUUCUUCCCCUCUGCGGCGUUUGCACGCCAGCAACUGCACAGUGGCCGAUAUGUUGGCCUUCUUGAGCAUUUUCGACCUCUUCUCAACCAAUGGAAAGACAAGUACCUACAGCCCCAGGUACUUGAUAAAGCAUUCUACAACGAUCUAUUCAUCGAAUACCACUUCGUCCGCGUCUACACCCAUUCAGUGGGAAUGCAAGCAGUAGUGGAGCGUGCUGUCGCAGAGAGCGACCCCAGCAACUUCGACGGAGUGCGACCCAUGACCAUCGACCCAACAGACUACGAAUACAUCCAAGAGGUAAUUGAUGGAUGUGGCCAGAUCUUGCAGAAAGUCACCCAUCUAGCCGAAGCAGGGGCGCUGCGGUUCUCGCCAGUUCGAAUCGUUCUUCGCAUAACCAGUGCCUCGAUCUUCUUGAUGAAAGCGCUCAGCUUGGGCACACGGCAAGCCAAGCUCCAGGAAUCAAUUGAAAUACUAGAGAAGAGCAUCAAAGCACUCAAGUCAAAUGCUCUGGAUGAUGUGCAUCUGAGCACGCGCUAUGCCGCGCUGCUAGACACGCAUGUCUCGCGCUUGCGGCGUAACCUGCUUGCGUCGUCGAAAAUCACGAAGAGUAGUGCAGAGACUACGCAAAGAUCAUCCAUGGGGCCCCCUCCUUGGACAGAUACUGGUGACCGGUCAAAUCCCAUGAGAACCCCUGUAGUGCAGGACCAAACACCGGAGCUGGGAUUCAUCCCGUCUUUGAACGAUAUUGGUGCAGAUAACUGGCUUUCGCUACCAUUUGAUCCGUCGAUGGCGCCGUUUGAUAUGAGCCACGGAUCUCAAUUUCCGAUGUAUGAAGGUGGAACAUUGGACUUUAUUUGGAAUCUGCCAUCUUGA